GACAAGCAGCGUGUCGGGGUAGGGGGUGGGGGGCCGGUCUCUGCACACCGCGCGGUGCUAUAAAUGGGAUUAAAGCGCUCGCGCGGCUGGAGUAGUGAUAGUAGAGAGAGGAGGGAGAGCCCGACUCAGCAGCAGCACUGCGGCGCAUGUGCUCCCGCGUGCCCGCUCCGUCCGCGGCGGAGGAGGAACUAGCACCCCCGAAAAAACUGACGGUAGUUUGGGCGUCACCUCUGGGGGGUGAAGUACCGGUGGAGGGGUUCAUGUUGGUGUGAGAGAGAACGGGGGAGUGGACCUGGGGGUGUUUGAGUCUCCAAACUUACGAAAACUCAACUCGAAAAUAAGUUUUAUUUAAAAAAAAUGGAGAACCAAACCGGGGAGCACGGCAGCGGCGAGGACGUGCGGAGGAGCGGCUACCUCCGCAAGCAGAAGUCCAUGCACCGGCGCUACUUCGUCCUCCGCGCCGCCUCGGAGCGCGGCCCGGCCCGCCUGGAGUACUACGAGAGCGAGAAGAAGUUCCGCGGAAAGGCCCCCGUCCCGAAGAAGGCGCUCGCGCUGGAGACCUGCUUCAACAUCAACAAGCGCGCGGACGCCAAGAACAAACACAUGAUCGUGCUGUACACGCGCGCGGAGAGCUUCGCCGUGGCCGCGGAGAACGAGGCGGACCAGGACGAGUGGUUCCAGGCCAUGGUGGAGCUGCAGUGCAGAAGUAAAAACCUCAGUGACAGUGGAGCUGCAAGCGACUAUGGAGUCCCCAAUCCUGGGCCUGCGUUCAAAGAGGUUUGGCAAGUGAAGGUGUGGCCCAAAGGUCUGGGUCAGGCCAAGAACCUAGUUGGCAUAUAUCGUCUUUGCCUCACCGACAAGACUGUCAACUUUGUGAAGUUGAAUUCUGAUGCUGCUGCUGUGGUGCUGCAGCUGAUGAAUGUGAGGCGUUGCGGCCAUUCGGAGAACUUCUUUUUCAUUGAGGUGGGAAGAUCUGCUGUGACAGGCCCAGGCGAGUUCUGGAUGCAGGUGGAGGACUCAGUGGUGGCUCAGAAUAUGCACGAAACCUUGUUAGAGGCGAUGAAAGCCUUAAGUGAGGAGUUUCGCCAACGCAGCAAGUCUCAAUCAAACUCUGGUCCAGGAGGAGGGGCUACUGCUUCAAACCCCAUUAGCGUUCCCUCACGCCGCCACCAUCCGAAUCCUCCUCCCAGUCAGGUUGGCUUCCUCCGAAGACCCCGAACCGAGCCGCCAGGGGGAGCCAACUGUGGGUCGGCGGUCAACAGUGGCAGUGCUUCUCCCACCCCGCGGCCCAACUUCCCCAGAUCUCGCACAGCCAGCGAUGGAGGCAAAAGCGAAGAUGGAAUGGCAGGGUCAACCCCUCUUCAGAUCGGGAGUUCCAGAGCAUCGGCGAACGGGUCCUGCUCAACCACCCCAAUCCUCAGGUCCAAGUCUGCUCGUUCAGCCCCCAGCUCGGGUGCUAAAACUCCCCUUGGGUUGAUGCGCUCUAUAUCUAACCCAGCACCCUCACCCGCCCCGAGUUUGUCGUCUAGCUCCGGCCAUGGCUCUGAAUUUGGAGGCGUAGCGCCAGCAGGCACUCUUCAAGGAACCAGUGCUUACAGUCGUGUUCUCUCUCAUCAGACCUCUGUCUCAGGUUCACCCAGCGACUAUGGCUCUUCAGAUGAAUAUGGUUCCAGUCCUGGGGAUCAUGCUCAUCUUCCCUCUCCAACCCUUCCUGGAGGCUCUGCUGGUAGCAUAAGCAGUCAGUCUCUUGGGGAAGAUGGUACCAACUAUAUCCUGAUGGGUCACAGUGGUGGCGAUGGUAACAAUAAUCAAAGGAAUUUGAUUUCCAGCUCCCAGCCUCCACCGGGAACAUCAGGCUUUGGCUCCCAGGCUGUGACGAGGAGAGUGCUGCGCCGCUCCUCUAGCCGUGAAUGCGAAGCAGAACGUAGGCUGCUGAGCAAACGCGCCUCCCUGCCACCCAUGGCUCUGGAAAGACUGGCCCCACGGCAGCGCAGAGCUGAGGAACCUGGAGAGGAAGAUUCAGCAGAUUAUGCCAUCAUGUCAAGAAGCACAAGUCGGGAAUUCUUUGCCACGUCCUGCUCUUCAACCCAACGGGAACAGGCAGUGGGUGCUGGCGCAGGUGGAGGCGGGUACUUGGAGGUGGCGGGGGAGCUGAAAACUGAUGGAGGUGCAGGGGCACGCAGUGGUACAGAUGUGGGCAUAGACAAUGGUUACAUGUCCAUGCUACCUGGGGUCACUCAGCCUCCUGUAUCCCUGUCUCAGUCACUAGCUGUCUCUGUCCCUGACUCAGACUUCAAACCUGCUGACGACUACAUGGCCAUGACCCCCAACAACAGCGUGUCUCCCCCACAGCAGAUCCAUCCUCCACCACCUUCUGAUGGCUACAUGAUAAUGUCCCCCAAUAGCAGCUGCUCCCCAGACCAGCGCGGAGGUCUCUCUGGAGGGGCUUGGCAAGGCAGUGGUAGCGCAGACAGCAGAGCUGGCAGUGAUUACAUGAACAUGUCUCCAAUCAGUGCACGUUCAGUUAACGGUAGCUCCCCGCCCCCUGACAACACCAGCCACUUGGAAGGAAGUUCGCAACAAGCCCCUAAAAUGGUUUACUCUUACUAUUCCCUUCCGCGAUCAUACAAACAUAACCCUUCAUCUGUGCACUUUGACAGUGGUCCUGGACGAGGUAGAAGAUCCAAUGGCACUUGCAGUAAGGGAACGGGUGAUGGUAGAACUAAUGGAGGACGCCAAGAGCAGCCAGCAGUGAGUGGUUCAGUGGCCGGACGACACUUAUCACUGUCCUCCUCCUCUUAUUCCUCCAGCUCAGCCAGCAGUGAAAGCCUCGGCGAAAUCGAUGAUCGGACUAGUCAGGCAUUGAGUAAUCUGCUGAGUGGAUCCCAGUUAAAAGAUAAGAGCAAGGCCACAGAGAAAAGGGGGUCUGGUGGUUUGUCCAAGCAGGGUAGCCACGCUAGAAGUAGACCGGUGAGUCUUUUUGUUGAUAUAUCUAAGGCUAAUACUCUUCCCCGGGUUCGUGAGAACCCUUUACCACCAGAACCUAAAAGCCCUGGGGAGUAUGUCAGCAUUGAGUUCAAAGGAGAGAAGUGCAAUCACCCAGGAGGACCAGCAGGACGAGGCAGGGGUCUCAGAUAUGGAUCAGCAUCACCCCAUGGCUCAAGUUGUCAGCAUUCACGGAGUAGGCCAACUUUUUCUGUAGGAAACAUCAACCCAGUUUCUCGUAGUCCAUCGACUCCCAUUUCUCCUCCAACUGCGUCCGAGUAUGUUAACAUGGACCUGGGCCCUUCUCCAUCUCCCUCACCUUUGUCUGCUACUCCAUUAGUUUUCCCAUCUUUCCACACCCCUCCCACACCUCCAACUCUUGCCCAUGCUCUUAAAGUUUGUAAUGAAGGUUCUAGUAAUCCACAUGACAAGGGAGCUGUAUUGACUGAAGCACCUCUUAGGAAAAGUAGAGUCAGUGUCCCAUCAGCGACUGACUCCGAGUCUCCUACAUCCUGCACGGACUACACCGAGAUGGCCUUCAGCUUGAAUAACAACACCGUCCCUCUGUCAUCAUCGAGUGUCUCCCCUAAAGUCCCAUCCCCUACCCUAAUCGAUUCUCCGGUUUCAGUGCUUUCAAGGGGUCUAGACUUUUCAUUGGGGAAAUCAGGAACUAACCCAGACCAGGGAGCUAAAGUGAUUCGCGCUGACCCUCAAGGGCGCAGACGGCACUGCUCUGAAACAUUCAUGGCAUCGCCAUCUCUUCCCACCGCUACCUCAACUUCCUCAUCAACUGCAUCACUAUUUCCAGAACACACUCAAGCGGUGGCCCGUCGCUUGGGUUUUGAAAGCAUGCUCUGGGGAAAUGGUGCCAUGACUGAUGCCCCCUUGCCAUGCCCUCUCCCAGGACAGCAGUCACUUCCCACAAACAAUCAGACUACAUCCUCUGAGCAUGGUCUCAACUACAUAGACUUGGACCUGGUCAACAAAGAGAGUCCCCACACAGACCUGGACGGGGCCUCAGGAAGUCAGCCCCCUUCUCGGCUCUUCUCUGUUGUGGGCGGGGGAUCUGUGGUCGGAGGAGUGGGUGCAGCAGUUGGUGGAAACAACAACUCCAGCCUCAACACGUACGCCAGCAUUGACUUCUACAAAUCAGAAGAGCUUCGGACACAUCAAAAUGGAAACAAGGAGGGAACAGAGAGCUGAUGUCGGGGGGCUUGUCUGUGGGGAGACGACCUGGUACCGCUCAAGGCGCUUCAACGUUUCUUUUGUGACAGCCAAUCACACGGAGAGGACAGCUGGACCCGACGUGGCCCUGAAGCACUUUGACAGACGUUGAUGGAAAAAAAAACUUUAUUUUUUUUUUUUAAUCUCCUCACUUUCAUCUGUCUGGUGGAGCAAACCAACAGGGAUGUGUGCCAAAAGACAUUCUUUAAAAGAAAAAAAAAAUGCUGCUCCCAUUCUUAUACUAAAAGCCAAUGACAGGAGGGUACAAGAACAGAGAACAGUGCUUUUUGUUUUAUUUUUUCCUAAUCAAAAACCUUGAAUGGCAAUCUGUCUAAAUUCUAUGUGAAAUAUAUGUCAAAGUGCCUAAUUUUUCAUGUCAUUUUACAAAAUCCAUCAAACUAAAGCAUUUACUUUUUCUUUCUAGAUUUGAUAUAUUUCAAAGCGCUUAAAAUGUUAGCGGGUACUGCGUUCAUGCUAGCUAGAAACAUGUUUUUAGAAAACAUUUUUUCAGUAAAGUAGAAUGUUUUUAGAGUGAGCUGAUUGCUUAAAACUAAAGCAAAUUUUUGAGCGCAGUAUUUAUGCUAAAAUAGUACCAGCAGUUUUCUACUGUGAGAAAUAUUAGCAUAGCAGCCGUUAGCAUUCGUUCUUACCACCUUAGCAUCAAUAAAUUCUUCUUUCCUUCCUCCUUUGACCUUUUAAUGAGCCAUAAGUGGAAGUAUCAAACACAGGCUUGAAACAAAAGGGCGCUCGUGACAGGGAAUGAAGUUGCUCGAGAUCAGAUUAACAUAUUAGCAUCGUGUCAGGACGUAAAUUCACUGUCCUGCUGACCACAGCUCAGGGUUAGGCCCCCUGAUAUAGAGCCAAGCAAUCCUAUUAGUGAUAUUACCUCCAGACACUCAUUUAAUCCCCUUCAUCUCAGGGUGCUAAAUAACAUAAGGUACAAACAGCUGAGGACAGAGAACCUAUCAUUAGCCAUGCUAAUGCUAGCUUUAUCGCAGUCAGCACACUUGUUGGAAAGGUGUCGCCGUCAUUUCAGCUUUCAAACUAAUUCUGCAGUUAUGUGACACAAUUAAACAAAAAAAUCUUUUGUCUUUAGCUUAAUCUUUGCUAUGCAUUAGCACUAAAGUGCCUGUCUUUUUCCGCCCGUUUUAGCAGUUUUCUAAGACCUUAUAUCAGGUUUAAUUUUUGGGCUGUACAGUUCACAUACAUCAAUUAUUUUUAUGUUUUAGGUAACUUGCCAUAUGGUCCUAACCUGAGGAUUUUUUUGUUUUUCUAUUUGUAGCAGGUUGUCAAAGCCAAACAACAACUGGUUCUCACGUCAGAAUGCAUUAUUUUAAGUUUUUUGUGUUUUUUUGAGUAUUGCAAUCUCCUGGAGAACUCUUUGACAGUGAGGAGAGCGAACUGUGACAUAUCGGAUCUGACUCUCUGGGAGGAAAGACUUUACUGUCGAACGAGGCUUCAACGUGCAUGAUGAAAGAGAAAAGCCAUCAUGAAAAACAGCAACAUGGACUUGUGUGUAGCUUUAUACUGUUGGAAAAGUCUCGUUCUGACUUCAUCUUUGUUCAGAAGAAACUUUUCAGUCGAUUAAUUUAAGAUGUUUGACCGGCAGAAAAACACAUAAACCUACAAUUGUUUUUUUAUGUUUUGGAGAUGUUCUCAUGUCAGCCAAAUGCUUAAAGGUACUUGUGGUCUCAAGAGAAAGCAACAAAAGCCAGCUUUCUGUUCAUCGUGACAAGCAGACUCUAUGCUCAUGCCAUUCAGAGCCCCCGUCAUGCCCUGAGCUCUCCACGAACACGUUCAAACUGCCUCCGGCCCGGAAAUGUUCCUAUGCGGCUGCCUCUCGAUGGUCUCAGCCUCGUGCUAUAAAUCAUGGGAGAGCUCAGGGAAAGGUGAAGCGCGGGGGGAGUUCAACAAUUCAAAUGUCUGUACGUUUUCAUUCAUUGUUGGCAAAUUUAGGUAUGCUCGUGUUGCAAAAUGGUACUGCUGCUGUUCUUUUUUUAAAAAAAAAUGUUUUAUCUAUUCCUCUGAGGGAUUGCACCCUUUUUUUUGGAGAUUUGUCAUUGAUGUAGAGGGUUUUACUUCUGUUGCUUUAGAAAAACAAAUUUGUCAAAAAAGAAAAAAAAAUCCAACAAAA